GAUUAAAUCGCAAUGACUGACUGGAUACACGCUUAGCCAGUGGUCAGUUUAAUUUAAAAAGUUAGUGUUCGAUUUUCAAACUUGGACUGAAUUAGUGAUGUUCGAUACGUUUGUGAAAGACUUCAAAUUGAAAUGGCGCCAAUAUUUGGCGGCAUCUUUGGCAAGCUACGGCAGCCUGUGCACCGGCAUGUCGAUGGGCUGGACGUCGCCGGUGUUCCCUCAGCUGCGCUCUGACAACUCGCCGCUGCCCAAUCCGCCCACUCUACAGGAAGAGAGCUGGAUAGGGUCGCUUCUUGUGCUCGGAGGAUUGCUUGGUAUGUCAGCAAGCUACGGCAGCCUGUGCACCGGCAUGUCGAUGGGCUGGACGUCGCCGGUGUUCCCUCAGCUGCGCUCUGACAACUCGCCGCUGCCCAAUCCGCCCACUCUACAGGAAGAGAGCUGGAUAGGGUCGCUUCUUGUGCUCGGAGGAUUGCUUGGUAUGUCAGCAAGCUACGGCAGCCUGUGCACCGGCAUGUCGAUGGGCUGGACGUCGCCGGUGUUCCCUCAGCUGCGCUCUGACAACUCGCCGCUGCCCAAUCCGCCCACUCUACAGGAAGAGAGCUGGAUAGGGUCGCUUCUUGUGCUCGGAGGAUUGCUUGGGCCGCUGAUCACAGUGCCGCUGUCCAACGUUGUCGGACGGCGUUGGAUAGUGAUGGGCUCCAACGUGCCGCUACUGCUGGGCUGGCUGCUGGCAGGUGUGGCGAGGGACCUGCCCACUCUCUACGCUGCUAGGAUCAUGUGGGGAUGCGCCACUGGUAUGCAGUUCGCUACUGUGCCGUUGUACAUCGGGGAGAUCGCUGAAGACAAAAUUCGCGGCUCACUCAGCGCGCUGUUCCUUCUAUUCAUCAACGUGGGCUUCCUUCUGGCGUACGCCAUAGGCCCGAACGCCACGUACUGGGGCCUCACCGCGAGCGGCGGCAUUCUGUCGCUGUUCUACAUACCCUUCACUUGGUUCAUACCUGAGACGCCGUUCUUCUUGGUUUACAAAGGAAAAAUAAACGAAGCAUCAUCAGUACUGCAGAAGCUGCGCGGUCUGCCCAAAGAGGCAGUGGCUCCGGAGUUAGAAGCUCUACAGUCUAUGGUUGCCAGAGAGUUCAAAGAACCGACCAGAAUCAGAGAUUUGUGGGCUACGAGAGGAAACCUUAAAGCAUUGGGUAUCUGCGUGUUUCUGGCAAUGCUGCUGCAGUUAUCUGGCAUUGACGUCCUGUUGUUCUACAUGGAAGAGUUGCUGGUGAAGAUUGGCACGAGGAUUUCCGCGGCAGAUGGUACCAUCAUUAUGGGGGUCGUUCAGGUAGUCACAAGUUUUGUUACGCCGUUGGUCGUUGAUAGACUCGGUAGAAAACUCCUUAUGUGGACAACUUCGCUUGGCCUAACUAUAUUCCUGGGAAUAAUAGGCAUUUACGCUCUCUUGGACUCCCAUUUCAAGUACAACGUGGAACCGUACGCUUUCAUCCCGCUCCUGUGCCUCAUCAUAUACAUGGUGCUCUUCACACUCGGCGUGGGUCCGGUGCCUUGGAUCUUGGUGGCAGAGAUGUUCCCAGUGAGGACGAAGUGCUUGGCCAGCGGCAUUGCCUCCUUCAUGUGCUGGCUAGCUGGGUUUGUUUGGACCAGAUUUUUCCGCGACGUGGCCGCGUCUUACGGCAUCUACACCGCUUUCUGGGUGCUGGCCAUCUGCUGCGGGUUAGGGUUCAUCUUCUCCAUCAGUCCGUGGCUGCCCGAGACUAAGGGGAAGACCUUCGACGAGAUACAGGAUAUGCUGAACAAUAGGAGUAAGGAACCGAAGCCUGUGCCAGUUUAGAUUUUAGAUAUUUAUUAAUUAGUUAAUUAUAUUUAAGCCCUAUGUUUAUUAAUUUAAAAAAUAAAAUGUAAAUAAAAAUCGUAAAAAUUAAA